AUGGGGGCCCCUCCUGACGACUACUUUAUACCUCUUUCUCGAUCGAUUAGUGCAUACGUCUUGGCUCGAUUGGGUCGAACCCAGCUCCUCGAGCAACACCUCAUGGGUGCACCUUCCUGGUGCCAUAUGUGGAAUCCAGCCCAUGACUACGUGGCCCCAAUUAAGGAGCAUCCCCGCCGUCCAUUUCGACUCACACAAGACCAUCUCCCCGGCCGCCCCUCCCCUCCAGAACCGCCUCGUCGAGAUGACGACGGUAGCGAGGAGGAGUGCGAGGAUGACCAGGACGAGUGCGAAUUCGAAUUCGCCCUCGUGCUCAUCGAUCCCGAGAACGGCGAAGAAAAGGCCGCCGCCGACGAGAUCUUCUUCGACGGCCGCAUCCGCACUCUCUACCCUGCCGAUGGCCGCGCGCAUCGAGAGCUGGUCCGCCGGAUGUCGGGCAAUGAUCAGCAGCGGGUCUCCAGCCUGGACUCGACGUCGUCGUCGUCGGAGGUGGACGAGCUGGAGCGGGUCGCGCCGGGCACGUACUGCGCCUGGGAGCCGAGGAAGCCGAAGGCGCCCGCGCAGGGGCGGUCCCUGCGGCGGUGGCGCAUCCGCUACCUAGUAAAGAGGCGGAGCCAGAGCGACGGGAAGGAGAAGUUCGUGUUCCUCUCCGCGGAGCAGAAGAGAGGGUGUUCACCACGAAACCCUCGACGUGAUUCGGCGGAGACAGGCGCGGUAAAAGAGGACGACAGUGGAGAGGAUGAGGGGAAGAAGGAGGCUGGGAAACCGAGAAGGCGGGUCGAGUGGGAUAUGGUCACCGGCGACCAGGUGUCCUCUGGCAAAGGCAGCAGGCAGGCGGCGAAACGCGGCGCCGGGCGGCCGUUCUUGCCGUACAUGCAAAACGUGGUCGGGUUCUUCGCCAUUGCGAAUGGCCUCGGUCGCUUUAGAUGA